CCUAUGUAGUAAUAACAGCAACAGUCAUGCUACAACCAGCUGGUGCCAAAUUAUUUUGAUGACGCACAUAUUGUAGUACAGUAGCGAAACUGGUGUCUGUAUGACGUACUAAAAUAAGAUGGCUGAUAUUCGUUCCAUCAACUACCAACAGCAUAACACCCGUACUACCUCUCUAAUGAACUUCUUUCUUAUUUUACAUAAUUAAGCAUUUUAAACCUUCAUUGGUGUUAUCCUGAAUAUUUGUAGAAAGAAGUCAAUGUAGUAUACGAUAUCUAACGAACGUUAAGAGUAAUAGGGAAGCCCAUAAAAGUAAGAACACAUCCCACGUAUUUUCAGAUACAUACGCACAGGUGAUUGUUCAUAAGGAGUGCUAGUGUAAAGUGUAUAUUGAUUAUUAAAACAAUGGAAUACGUACUGAUAAAAGAUAUACGGCCGGGUCAAAAAAACAUUAACGUAGUGUUUAUUGUUUUGGAAGUUGGCCAUCCUACUAUUACCAAAGAAAACCGCGAAGUUCGAACGUUUAAAGUAGCAGACAGUACAGCAUGUAUGAACGUUUCAAUUUGGGACGAACCUGGACAACUUUUAGUACCAGGUGAUAUUGUAAGAUUAACGAAGGGAUAUGCAUCCGUUUGGAGACAGUGUUUAACACUGUAUUCUGGAAAAAAUGGUGACAUACAAAAGAUUGGAGAAUUUUGUAUGGUAAUAAAUGAACAAUUAAACAUGAGUGAACCAAAUCCUGCUCUAGCACAACAAAUGAUUAAUCAGAGUGGAUCUGGUCCACCUGGUAGUAACAUUAAUAAUAACAUUACAAACAAUGGAAAUGCAAAUAAUAUCUCUGGACAGUCUGGAAGACAACCUUUGGCAAUUCAGAGUAAUUCAACAACACCUACCAGUGGAGCACCUAGUAGUUCAGCUACAACAAAAAGUGGAAACAAUAACAAUGGCAAUAGUGGUGGAAAUAGUAGUAGUAGCACUUCCGGACUUCCAGGAGGUUCUGCAAGAUAUUCUGGUGAUACAACAACAAAAACAACUGUUACAACAAAAACUAAUUCUCGCGGUCGCGGGGGAUAUAGAAACGGUGGACGUAGUGACCGUAGAUAACACACAAAUAAAAAACGGCUAAUUAUAUAUGUGUAAUAAAAAUAUGCAAUUGAUUACAUUCAGGACAACUGUAAUAUACUGUUUUUCUAAUAAUCCUGUAUAUGUGUAUUCAUGAAUUAAUGUAUACGAUAAAGUGUGUUUAGAUUCAUAAUGUGAAUUGAGGACAAUCCACUUAAGGACAGUAGAUUAAACAUAUUAUUAUUAUUAUUAAUUAAUAAUUUAGAUUUAUACUAUUAUUUAGUACAAUUAUCUUUUAUUAAUCUUUGUAUUUAAUAUUGUAUAUCAAUUAAAAUGUAAGGAUUGUCUUCAAAUCAAUAUAAGUAUCAAAAUUUGUCUUAUUAUGAUAAAUAAUGUAAUGUGUAAUAUAAAGUAUUCUGCAUUUAACUAGUAAAUAAUCUUACUUGAUAAUUUUUAAAAAUAUAUUUUAUUAAGAAACACCAUAUGUAUGAGCUUAAUUUAUACUGAGUAAAAAUAGCAAGUUAAUUCUAAGUAGCUUUUUACAUUACAUACAAAAAUCAUAAGUAUCCUUCAUAUUUGUUCUUUUUAUUCAGUAUAAACUUUGCUUGGAAAUAACUGAUUUGUAUUUUACACUUUUGAAGAAAUUAAACAAAUUUAAAAAAAGCAUUAAAUAUUUUCUCCAUUUUUCCUUUACACUUUAAAUAAUAAGAAUUCAUAUAUAUAUGUAUAUAUAUUGCACUUAUUUUAACUUUGCCUAUAUUUAAUAUUUACUAAAUAU